GGAAAAUUUCUGACGUAAAAAGGAUAAAUAUUCUCAAGAGCCAGGGGGAAAUCUAUCUGCACCCUUACUCAAGUGUCACCGGAUAUUGGUAACUAUGGCAACGACCGUCGCGAGAGACGGACAGCCGACAUAGAAGGCAUAAUUAUGGUACCUGAAAUUUAAAGUCAUGUAGAGGGUAUCAUCGAUGCAGGAUUUCGAGUAGUUAAAAUGCCGAGUACCAUCCAUUGGCCACGGAUGAAUCAUUAUGCACGUUGACCAGGACUGGCACAAUGUGGUCAAAAUUACGUGCGUUGGGUUUUUAGCCGUACUUGGAGCUUUUUUAAACAUUGUUGUACUAGUUAUGUUCUACAAGAAGCCUUCACUCAGAUCUCCAUCAAACAGAUUCGUCGGUAGUUUAAUUGCUUCCGAUUUGCUGUCAUCUACCGUCCUCGGUCCUUUACUGAUAUCUGGUAUAAAGACCAUCAAUAAAGCUAUGAUCGUAUUCGUGGCAACAUCUACAAUAUUUUCAAUACUGGUGAUAGCAAUGGACAGAUACACAGCAGUUCUCAGCCCUCUCCAUUACGCGACAAAUGUCACUAGGCAAAAAAGCGUUUUAGUCAUAGGUACGGUUUGGAGCAUAUCAGCUGCGUUGGCGUCACCGAUGUUAUUCAAGGACUUGCUGAUAUACGAAAAGUUUCCCGUGGCGAUGUUGGAAAAAACACACGGGCUGGUGUUGUUACUGAUCGCCUUCAUAGGUCCCUGUGCUGCUCUUAUUUUGGUGUACUUCAAAAUGUACGUGGCGGCUCACAGGUAAGAUCAAGGUUAUUAUAUUUGUAAAGUAGCCAUUUUUAGGUUUCUAUAUAUUAUAACGCAUAAUGAUCUGAUGAAUCGGAUGGUCUAUAUAAUAGCAUGUAGAAUAAACUUAAUAAAUGACGCCACUGCAAGUAUGAAUAUGAGCGGGAUUACUAUUAUAAAUAUACUAACUAAAUAUCCAUAUAAUAUUAUGUGGUAUAAAAGAAAACCAAAUUAAAAACCUUAGUUGGUAUAAUGCGGCGCGUAAAUAAUAAAUUAUUUUAUCUUGAAAAUCGUAUUCAUAUGACGUAUUGCGUGGAGAAAAUGUCCCAUCGUCCAUGGCGUGCACACAAAAUUAUUGCAGUUUUCGCAUGAUAAUAAUAAAUUAUAUAUUAUACGUAUGCACGUCCGCGAAACAUUGUCACAUAAUAAUAAUAAUAAUAUAGUUUCGUCGACAUAUUAUUAUUACUCUGCUCGCGGAGCUUAAAAACGUUAAUGAUGUUACUUGUACGUGGUAUACAAGUGUUCAAUGGUGGUAGUAAAAGCUCGGUUGUAAUGUAUGCUGGCGGCAACAACAACUAUAUUCUAUGGAAAACGCGUGCCGCCGAUGGCAGCGGACUAAUUGAGUAAACCCAAUAGCGGUGGCGUCGUCGGUGAGAAUAUUUCUCCGACCCGACCACCUGCGUAAACUAUGGAUAAUAAUGUAUAGGUAGGCCCCAUACAUUCGCCCACUGUACCUAUAUUACAAUAUUUAUUCAUUAGGACAACAAAUAUCGUCAUAAAGAUACCAAUAUUAUAUUUAUAUAAAAUAUUUUAUAAUGAUGAUGAUAUAAACGCGUAGUCGAAUACAAUAUUAUAAUAUUAUAUAGGUACAAAUAGCUUCGUCAGUCAAAAAUUUUUUUUUUUUUGACGUGGGUUAUAAAAUAGUAUAUGUCAUUAUUAUAGGUGGAUAGGUGCAAGGAAGGUGUGAACGAAUAGUAAAUUCGUAUUGGCCGAGAGUAAAACUGCCGAUAGGAAAUCAAUAUUAUUAUUUCAAUAUAAUAUAAUACUAUUUCCUCGGUUUUUUUAUACCAUCAUACAUAUACAUAUUAUAUAUAUAUAUAUAUUAUUGUUUUCUGUCGUAUGUAAUAUUCAUAAUAUUAUAACAUUAUGUAUAUAUACAUAAAAUCUCGUAAAAUGUGUUACACAUUUUGAAUCCUAUUUACGUUAAGCUAUAACGUAAUAAUAUUUAUACAUGACCUAAAUACACAGAUGUAAAUAUAA